AUGAAGCUCUCGAGCUCGCAGCUGCGGGCUGCGGCGCUGGCGGUGGCCAUGUUCGCCUCUGCCGCUCUGUCGGAGCACACGAGCAAUUGGGCUGUGCUGGUGUGCACGUCGCGAUUCUGGUUCAACUAUCGCCAUCUAGCAAACGUGCUUUCCAUUUACAGAACGGUAAAACGACUGGGCAUUCCCGAUUCACAGAUCAUCCUAAUGCUACCCGACGAUAUGGCAUGUAACCCUCGCAACGCAUUCCCGGGCACCGUCUACAGCAACUCCGAUCGAGCCGUUGAUUUGUACGGAGACAACAUCGAAGUCGACUACCGCGGCUACGAGGUCACAGUUGAGAACUUUAUCCGGCUUCUGACAGACCGUGUUGGCGAUGAGAUGCCUCGUAGCAAGCGCCUACUGACUGACGAUCGAAGCAACAUUUUGGUCUACAUGACUGGACACGGCGGAAACGAGUUUCUCAAGUUUCAGGACGCCGAAGAAAUUGGCUCAUUUGACCUUGCAGAUGCUUUCCAACAGAUGUGGGAGAAGAAGAGGUAUGCAAAUAUAUAUCACGAGAUCCUAUUCAUGAUUGACACUUGUCAAGCAAACACCAUGUACAGCAGACUGUACUCGCCGAAUAUCAUCGCCACAGGAUCCUCCGAAUUAGAUCAAUCGUCGUAUUCGCAUCACGCCGAUAACGACGUCGGUGUUGCGGUUAUCGAUCGAUACACCUAUUACAAUCUAGAGUUUCUCGAGAACCAAGUCAAGGAUUUGAACAGCCCAAAGACUGUAGGCGAACUAUUCGACAGUUAUGACUACGAGAAGAUUCACUCGCAUGCUGGAGUUCGCUAUGACCUUUUCCCUGGUGGUGCUGAAGGUGCUCGCAGUCGCCUCAUCACCGACUUUUUCGGCAAUAUUCAGAACGUGGAAGUCGAUCGCGACUCUAGCUCAUCGCUGGAUGAGCAAUUAUUGGAACUAAGCAAGACUAUUGCUGUAUUGCGGGAGAAGGAGGCCGAAGAAGAUGCCGCUCGUAGAAAUGUGUCAUCGGUGCCGGCUAGCGUUCCCACUGAGCCAGUGGCCAAGAUUCAAGGCGCAACUGUUUUGACGGAUGAUAAGUGGUGGUCUAAAAAGGUUGCGGGUGCGACGGCUCUAGCUGGCUGCGGGUUAUUAUGGGCAAUUGGUUCCUUUUUGGAAAUAUGA